GCGGGAUUUACAACACAGUUGAUUUUUUUGUUGAAUCUUUUAAAUUUUUUUUUAAAUUACUUCUCUUCUACUCCAUACAGCCAUGUCUACGGAACCAGAAAAGGUCGCUGCCCAGCCAGAAGCUGCUGCCCCUGCCACCACCACCACCUCAAUUUCCGAGGAAGAGCUUCUUGCCUCUUACCCGCAAAUCAAUGAGCCAAACGGUCAAACCGGAUACACUUGUAAUCUCACCGAUGACCAACAAGUCAAGCUCAAGCAAUUCCGUGAGGAACUUACUGCCGCCGGAUUCACCGAUCGUCUUGAUGACGCCUCUCUUUUGAGAUUCCUUCGUGCCAGAAAGUUCGACGUGGCCAAAGCAAAGGAAAUGUUUGAAGAUUGUGAAAAGUGGCGUAAGGACUUUGGUACCAACACCGUCUUGACCGACUUCCACUACACCGAAAAGCCAUUGGUUGCCAAGUUGUACCCUCAAUACUACCACAAGACCGACAAGGACGGUCGUCCCGUGUACUUUGAAGAGUUGGGUCGUGUCAACUUGACAGAAAUGUUGAAGAUGACCACUCAAGACCGUAUGUUGAAGAACUUGGUCUGGGAAUACGAACUGUUCACCAAAUUCCGUCUUCCAGCUUGUUCCCGUCAACGUGGUUCUCUUGUCGAAACCUCUUGUACCAUCAUGGAUCUUAAGGGGAUUUCCAUCUCUACUGUCUCUCAAGUCAUUGCCUACGUCCGUGAGGCUUCCACCAUUGGUCAAAACUACUACCCGGAACGUAUGGGUAAGUUCUACUGUAUCAAUGCUCCUUUCGGGUUCUCCACCGCAUUCCGUUUGUUCAAGCCAUUUUUAGACCCGGUCACCGUUUCUAAAAUCCACAUCUUGGGUUCUCUGUACAAGAAGGAAUUGCUCAAGCAAAUUCCAGCUGAAAACUUACCUGUCAAGUUUGGAGGUUCUUCCGAUGUCACUGACGAUGAAUUGUACUUGAACGAUGAUGGUCCUUGGAGAGAUCCUAAGUUCAUUGGACCUGAAGGAGAAGCUCCACGUGCUUUCAGCACCAAGUAGAGGUCUAUAUUGAGACCAAGAAUGAGCACAAGUACGAGAGAGAGAAAGUUACAAAAUGGAAAACGUCAUACGCUAGAGGUGUGUGUUUUAACGUCUGACUAUUUGAAUCGAAGUUAUUGUUGUUGUGGGUUAGAUAUAUGUAUACAUUUAUAAACAGAUAAUACCAAUCAGGAGA